UCGCUUUCUGAAGAAUAGCUAGAAUAGCAAUUACCAUGGCCAGUAGUUAGGACACCAUGGAUGCUAAAUUGAUUUGCAAGUUCGACACCUUGGAUUCGAGGCGAUAUUUAAACGACAGCAUCGGCUGGCUUGGCGGCUCCGCCUCCCAAAUCCAAUUCAUGUUGGCUUCAUCGCCAUCCUCAGGAAUCCCCGCCAACUUGCCAUUGACGUUCUCCAGGUCUGUAUGUUUGGCGGACUUUCUCGUCCAAUAACAACUCAAAAGCCUCCCACCAACCGAAAUCAACCCCAGGGAAAAAGCAAAAUCAUCCGGUUGGAAUCUAAGAAAGGUUGCAGAAAUGGAAGAUCAGACCCGUGCUUCAUCUCCCAGCCAUCCUCGUCACUCGAGCCAACUUCACCACCGCUCAGACACACCUACGUUGACGACUUCCCCCUUGGCGUCGGAAGCGCAUGCAACGGCCUCUGGAGUCGAACCACUGCCUUAUCAGAUAACCCAAGAGCCUUCUGACGAGGAAGAUCAACGCCCGCCUCGCUAUACUCUCGAAAACGACCCCUUCCAGCUAGCCAGUAAGCUGAAGUCUGACGCCGAAAUCGACAAGAUUAAGGCAAAUACAGCUCGCAAACGAGAGGGUGGUUCAAACAAAAGCGUCACGAGUUCCUCAAAAAAGCUUCAAGGCUUUUACAAGUCCCAGAAUGAGAACAUUAAAAAGCUGUUAAAGCCAGUCGACGAACAUGUGCGGCUCGCAAAGGAAUACAACACCCAGAACCAGCUCAAGUACAAGAUCGCCGUCUAUGGUAGUUUCGCGGCGAGCAUCGUCUUAGCAAUCCUCCAACUCUACGCCGCUAUUGCGUCAGGAUCUCUAUCACUCUUUACAACAAUGGCUGACUCGAUUUUCGAUCCGAUGUCCAACCUGACCCUGCUCAUCAGCCACAAGGCCGUGACACGCGUUGAUGCACGCAAGUUCCCCGCUGGAAAAGCCCGGAUUGAAACGGCCGGAAAUAUCUUUUUCUGCUUCCUCAUGACAUCCGUAUCACUGAUUUUGAUUUCGUUUUCCGCCAAGAGCCUUUCGGAUGGGAACACUGAGGAGACCCUGGGAUUUCACAUACCCCCCAUUGUCGCAGUGUGUAUUGCGUUCUCAACUAAGUUCGCCCUGUUCGUGUACUGCUGGGCACUCCGAAACCAAUAUUCCCAAGUCCGGAUUCUGUGGGAGGAUCACCGCAAUGACCUCCUUAUCAAUGGACUCGGCAUUUUGACUUCGGUGGGCGGCGGUAAGCUCAGAUGGUGGAUCGACCCAUCGGGUGCUCUGAUCCUCUCCUGUCUAAUAGCUAUCCUCUGGCUUCGAACUGCUUAUUCUGAGUUCCAACUCCUGAUUGGCGUCACUGCAGAUACGCAGAUGCAGCAGUUGAUUACAUAUAUAUCAAUGACCCACUCCCCAAUGAUCCAAGCCAUCGACACCGUACGCGCCUACACAUCAGGGCCGCGUCUAGUUGUUGAAGUCGACAUCGUGAUGGACCGCAACGAGACCCUUAUGGCUACCCAUGAUGUCGCAGAAGAGUUACAGAUGAAGCUUGAAAGCCUCCCCGAUGUGGAGCGGGCAUAUGUCCAUGUCGACUAUGAGACUACCCAUAAACCAGAGCACUUUCUGAAAAAGGAGCUCUAAGAUGAGAAACCAAUCACACAAACGUGCUCGGACAGCUUAAUAUAGCACGACGUUGUACUUUUAUUAUCUGGUGCUUAUAAUAGAUGCGUGUUCUUAUUAACACAAGCAGAAUGUGAGUUCAGGUCGCCAUAUUGUAUCUGCUCUCUUCGGCCUUGUCUUAUCAUUCUUUCAUGCGUUCAUGUUUAAUGUCUGGCGUUUUCCCGUGUCGUUUUCGCUCCUCUAGAUCCUAUAGACAGGUUGUGAAAUAAAAGGAAAUACGGAUAAUGAGACUAAAUAGCUACAU